GUAUGGCGGGCUGGGCUGGGAGCUAGGGAUGGGUUCGUGACUCGUUCGCUGUGGGGUGUGGAAGGGUGCGUGGUCAGCAGCACCCACCCCUUUCUCUCUUGCACUGACCUCCUCCCCUCUCUCGAACCAACCCCGCACGCAUGGCAGGUGGUGAUGAGGCUUUGGAGCAGAGUGUUGGGGGCACAGCCAGGGCAGCGCGUGCAGGCGGGCAGCAAGGAGUGCAGUGCUGCAGGGGGCGGGGCAGGGGAGCCGGGGGUUAGGGAGAGAGGGCGCCUACCCUGCCACACUAUUACCUCCUGCACUCCCCCCUUACUCCGUUCCGUAUUCCCCCACAGUCGUCCUCCUCUCCCUCUCCCUUCCUCCCUUCCUCCAUCUCCCUGCCUCACUACCCUCUUUACCCUCUCUGUUGCCCGUCGUCCCUUCCUCCCUUCCUCCCGUCCUCCCGUCCUCCCUUCCUCCCUUCCUCCCGUCCUCCCGUCCUCCCUUCCUCCCGUCCUCCCUUCCUUCCGUCCUGCCUUCCUCUCGUCCUCCCUUCCUCCCGUCCUCCCGUCCUCCCUUCCUUCCGUGAUGCCUUCCUCCCGUCCUCCCUUCCUCCCGUCCUCCCUUUGUCCCGUCUUGUUCCCAUCCAUCCAAUCCUUAGCUCCUCCUCACCCCAUCUCCUCCCUUCCCUCGAACGAGCUCGCUCAUUCCCCUCCUGUCACCCACGCACGCACCCUCCCCUCGACCGACAGGUCGUUCUCCGCUUCCGUCGCAUAUGCGUUCAUCUCCCCUUCCCUCAUCUCCCCAUUCCUCAUCUCCCCCUCCCUCAUCUCCCCAUUCCUCAUCUCCCCUUCCCUCAUCUCCCCAUUCCUCAUCUCCCCCUCCCUCAUCUCCCCAUUUCUCAUCUCCCCUUCCCUCAUCUCCCCAUCCCUCAUCUCCCCCUCCCUCAUCUCCCCAUCCCACACCUCCCCAUCCCUCAUCUCCUCAUCCCUCAUCUCCCCAUCCCUCAUCUCCCCAUUCCGCCUCACCCCAUUCCGCCCCACCCCAUUCCGCCAUGCCAUCCUACUCCUCAUCCCCAUUCCCUCGUUUCCCCAUCCCUCCUUUCCCGAUCCCAUCAUUCCCUCUGCCAACUUUCCCAUCCCACCAUACGGUCAUACCCCAUCCCGCGACCUCCCCGUCACCUCCACCUGA